AGGGAACCAAUAUCUCUUUUCUCCCCCACAGCGACGAGAAGCACCCAGCGCCACCCCACGCUGAGCCAUCUUUCCCUUCAACGAGACUCAGCCACAACACAGAUCAUCAUGUCCCGCACUUUCUAUUUGCUGCUUUUACUUGCCCCCCACGGAGUCCUCCUCACCAGCCAAACGAGAGAACUACAGGUCAGCUUCAUCCACCCUGAGUUCCCUGUUGUCAAGAUUAAGGCCAACUGCGACCCGUCUUCAGGUCGAAAGAUGAUUUUGGAUGUUUACAAGUGCCCCAUGAAUACAAGUCAACCAUAUUUACCAGUGUCGUUAAAGGGAGUCUGCGAGGAGGAGGGCGGGACACACUGCCUCACCGAAGACCUUCGGGGCGAGGAUUGCUUCGCUAUAUCAGGAUAUUUUUGGAGAGAAAGAAGCUUGAAGUACACGUCUUCCGAGCUCAGCCUGGCCAACGUGACCUUUUUCAGCAGAGAAUUUACGGUUGAAGCCACAUCCUGGAAACAACAAGGCAACACAUCGGUGCUCCACCUCAAGCCAGUGGCCGGGAUUCCCAUCUACAUGCUCAAGCUCGAGGAUGCCAGUCAAAACAAGAGCGGGAACUGCAGCUCUCUGGUCCUGACGGGUGGCACGGAGGAGCCAUUUGACACAAUUGUCUUCACGGCACACUGGCACCAACAAGUCUUCCCGGGCUGCACCUACAGGGUCUGGUUCAGGCCGAGGACCGAAUGUCAAAAAGAUAUGAUCGGCGCCAAGGACAAGGAACUGCCGAGGCUUCAGUACGUACAAGCGAGCAAAGAAAUUGUGAAUUAUUCGAAUUAAAAGGACAAGUAUAAACAGCAGUGAAAUAAUUCUAUAAACUAGUGAAAA